AUGGCGUACGCAGCGCGCCACCUCUCGCGUCUCCCUCUUCCUUCCGCCGCGGCUCGCCCGACCGCCGGCGCACGGAUACUUCCUGGCGAGGCUUUGCGGCGCCUGCAGGGCGGCGCAUCGCCCUUGUGCGCGUCUUUCUCUUUCUCUCGUUCGUUCGCUUCCUCCUCUCUCUCUUCUGCACCUGUUAGCGAGUCUCCGCGCCUGCCUCGCGCGGGUCUGCAAAACUCGCAGCCGGUCUUCUUGUCGACUGUCCGCGGCUGCGGCUCUCGCAGCAGCCGCGGAUGCUGCGGCGCGCUGCGCGCUCUCUCGUCGCCUCUUUCCGCAUUUGCUUCGUCGCGAGUGUUAGGCAGCCUCUCUUCCGCUGCGCAGCCCGGCGCCGCAGCCUCGCUCGCGUUGUCGUCCCUUUCCUCUGUGCGCGCCGCGCGCGCGUCUGCGUUUGUCUCUUCGUCUAAUGCGUCGCCCCUCCGCGCCUUUUCCAGCGCGGGCGCCGACGGCACUCCCGAAGGCGCGUCGCCGCCUGCGAGCAGCUCCGCGGGCGCCGCUUCGGCCGCCAGUCGCGCAGGGGAGAAGGCGCGGUUUCUUGAGUUCUGCGAAGUGGCUUCUGGCGUGCCGCUCACGUCGCCCGCGGUGACGCCGGGACAAAAGGAGUGGAUCUUCUCGCCCGAAGAGGAGCGCGGGGUGAAGUCUCCCGGCGGCUUCCUCGGGCUCGUUUUCGCGUUCAACCAAAAGUUCUCGCGACUGAAGGACUUGGGUUUCUUCGUGCUGCUGUCCUGCAAGCAGGGCGCACGCCAGGCGCUGGUCCUGCUCUCCGAAGAGCUCGUGGCGGGCAUUCAGGAGGAGCGCGACUUAGUGCAGAUGCUCGCUGACAGGGAGAAGCAGAAAGUCGAGAAAGGCGAGGACGACGAGAGAAAGGUUGCUGCCGCGCCGGCGGCGGAGCUCUUGGGCGGCACAGGGGGCAACGCUAGCGCGGAGGAGCCCGCGGACUUGGAGAAGAGGAUCGCUGGAGCUGAGUCCACUGAGGCGAAGAAGGCAGACGGGAACGAGGCCGAGGAGGACUACCACGGCAUGGGGGCAUUGCUGAGCAAAGGCAGAGGCCUCGAAAACCUGAAAACCUGCGUAAGCGAGCCACUUCUUACCGGCCUGCAGCUCAAAGUCGGCGAGGCGGUCGACGCCGGCUGUCGCCUCACCUUCGACGUGAACUCGCUUCAAAAGGUCUACAUCACGCGCAUGUGGACGGUCUGCGGCACGUCCGCGGAUCCGCAUGCAGCAGUUGUCCCGCGCUCGUCGUACUUGGUCCCCAUCACGCCGUUUCUCCACGCAGUUCUUCCGCAGUCGGCGAAUUCUUCGUUCUUCCUCACCUCGCAGUAUAUGCGGGCAUGCGGAGGCCUGCUGCUGAAAGGCAACCCCGCCGCGUCGCUAGUGAAGAAGGGCGACGACGCAGACUUCUCGGAUGCAGAGGACGAGCGCGGCGGCGACAAAGGCGACAAGAAACAGGACGAGGGAGAGGGCAAACGCGAUAGGGAAGAAGAGCGCGGCGCAGGCUUCAGCGGUGACUUCGGCAGCGCGGCGGCAGGCGCGAACAAGGCGCCUCUUUCUUUUCCAGAGCGAAUGAGGAAAGUCAUGGAGAGGCUGGAGCUGCUCGAAGAGGCGCUGGGAAAAGGCAUCGCAGUCGUCAUGGAGGCGCAGGUGCUUUGUCGGCAGCGAUUCGCCGUGCAUGACAAAAACCGAAAGCUGCUGUUUGGAAGUGAGGACGAGGAGCAGGUGAUUCACACGCUGCGCUUCCAGCUCACAGCCCGCAAAGACGGCAAGCAGUGGGGUAUUCCUACAUUCCAGCCCUCGUCGUGGACGCUCGUAGACUGGAACGGGCUCGUCGGCUCCGAGUACCCCUGCGACGUCAGCGCCCUCCGCAAUGUCGUCGUCUUGGAGAAGAACGAGGAACUGCCCAAGGGAAAGAAGCUGUGCUACGACUGA